AUGGCGAGGGCCGGCGCUGCCAGAAGGGACCGCAGGGGUCGAAUCGGCUAUGCUGCCUCCGGCUCGACGGCCUCGGAGCCGCUCAUUGAGCGACUCAACGCGUGGGGCGAGGACCAGUUCCGCUCCCACGGCCGCCGCAUCUCGCGCCACCAGAUCAGCACGCUCCUGAUAUGCUCGCUCGUAAUCACCUCGCUCUUCUACCCCGCCGUCGGCAUCUACUUCUGGGCCUCCAAGGGAGGGCCGGGCGUGUCGAGGGGCGACGCCGCCAGCGUGUGGCGGUCGCUCAGCACGCCUUUCAUGGACUCGUUCAGCAGCAGCGGGCGGCGCCACAUCAACAGCCUCAGCGAUCUACGGAUGAUCUGGGACGAUGCAAGGGACCUCAAUGCGCUCGACAUCCACGAUGCCGAGAGGAUGUAUGGCCCGCAGCUCGGCCAGCCGCCGUCUGGCCAGCGCGACGGUGCGUCAGAGGGCGAGCCCCCUCGUCGUCCACACUGUCGCACCGUGCGCGUCGAACACGUCUUUGUGACUACCGACGACAUCAUGGCAGGGCGCGGACCCAAGUACGGCAGCCUGGAACGGCCCAUCCUGCAGUCGGCGCUCAAGCUUCAGACCGCGAUCCAGGCCGAGAUCCUGCCACAGCAGGAUGGGGGUUCCGCCCUUGGACAAGCUUACACUUCGGGACGUCUCGCCUGUGUCCAGCCAAUACCCAAGCUUCCGGGUCACGAGGGCCGACUCGCGGACGCCGAUGGACCACCGAGCUGCCUCGCCCUCUCCCCGCUCGAAUACUGGCAGAUGAGCGAAGCGGCGAUACAGCAGGACGAAGAGCCCGCGCUGACGGCCGCCCGGUCGACGCGCAACGUCACGCUGCAAGGCGUGCCGCUCUCCGUCCCGACGACGCUCGCAGGCCGUUGGCAUCUGUUCAAGAAGAUGCCGCGGGCCGAAUACCUCGCGCUGACCUUCUUCCUCGAGGACCUAAGGGACGACAACUGCGCAGCGGCCGCGCGCAGGGGCGACGAUGCAGCCGCCCGACGCCACGCCACCGUGUCGCGAUCCCACGCCGCUUGGCACAAGCUGCUGACUCGCGUCACUUCGGGCCAGGUCAAGCUGGUGCCGUCGGAGCAGGACGUCUCGCACGAGCUUCUGCUCGAGUUUGCACCGCGCGAGAAGUCUUUGGCCUGGCGGACGGGACACGUCAUCCUGCUGGUCGGGUACGCCAUCGUGCUCGUCUACAUUGCCCAGGGCCUCGUCAAGAUGCGCAAGGUCCACUCGCGCUUCGGCCUGGCGUUUUCGGGCCUCACGGAGCUCAUCAUUGGCAUGGUGAUGAGCGUCAGCAUCUGCGCGCUCCUCGGCAUCCGCCUCACCCUGGUGCCAUGGGAGCUGCUGCCGUUCGUCGUCGUCGUCGUGGGCUCGGAAAACAUGUUUGUCCUGACGAGCGCCAUUGUCAACACGCCCCUGUCGCUGACGGUCCCGGCCAGGAUCGCGCACGGCCUCAGCAAGGCCGGAGGUCCAAUUGCCAUGACGACGGUGGCGGACAUGGCGCUGCUCAGCUUCAUCGCGCUUUCGAUUGGCGUGCGGGCGGUCAAGGAGUUCUGCAUCUUUGCCAUCCUCUCGUUGGUCAUGGACUUCUUCCUCCAGAUGACGUUCUUUGUGACGAUUCUCAGCAUCGACAUGCAGAGGCUUGAGCUUGCCGAUCUGCUUACGCAAGGUGCGAGAAGCUCGCAGGCCCUGCGGAAGAAGGAGAUUGCGCAGCUUCGCGAGGGGGAGCCGGGAUCGCCCGGCCACAGAGCCAAGGCGUCCGACGGCUUCAUCAAGGCGAGCUUCAAGGCGGUGUGGAAGGCCAGGACGGCGCGGACCGCGAGCCUCACCCUCAUCCUCGGCUUCCUCGGCGGCCUCUACCUCUACUAUGGCACCGGCUACCCCGCGCAGCAGGCGCAGCAGUACGUGCUCGAUGUGCCGCGGACCAGCCAGGCACCCGGAGCGAUCGCCGCCGCAGGCGGCACCGCGGCAGCACCUCCAGUCUCGACGGGCGCGUUCGACCCGUAUGCCCACCUCGACCCGGCCCUUUCUCAAAUGCCGUGGUGGACCUCGUCUCCCAGCGCCAACCUGUGGCUGUCGCUCAAUCCGCAGGGCGCCUCAGAGUUGCGGAUCGUCGUCGAGCCGUGGACGAUCCUCAGCCUGCGUUCUGGGACAGCCGAUCCACAGGGUCCGAUGGCAGGCCAGACGUUCGCCGGUUGGGCCCUUUUCCGACCCAGGGUGAGGGCCAUCAUCUGGUUCUCGAAGCUGGUCAUCCUGCCCAUCUCGGGCACCACCGUGCUUCUCUGGAUGCUGCUCCUCUACCUCUUGAAGGACACCGAGCUGCUCGAUGCGCAGCGCGACAAAUCCGAGGCCGAGGAUGAAUCGACCAACGCGCUCGGCAAGCCGGAAGACGACGGCGAUGACCUCGACGAUGGUCUGCCGAUCGACGUGACCGCCUUCACCGGGCUUCAUGCUGCCGAUGUCGAAUUUCUCGCCGAGUCUCAGGGCGUUGCCGUCAGCAUGGACACGGAGUCCUAUCUGCGUGUGUGGAAGGCUCCCAUCGGCGGUCUGGACGACAGAGACCAGCUCGGGACACCUGCGCUCGGGGAAGGCGCCAGGCUCGCAGCGAUCCGCGCCAACAGGGAGGCUGACGCCAGCCCGGUGACUGCGCUUGCCGUGAGCGCGACUGCCGGUCUGGCCGUCAUCGGACUCGCUUCGGGUCGGGUAUGCUUCGUGUCCCUGGCCACCUUGAAGCUGUUCUUCGAAGGCAAGCACGCCGCCGAAGAUUCGUGCGCUGUUCAGCACAUUUCGCUGCGCCACCGGACCGCCCUCAACGAUGUCGAGUCGCUGGCGGCCAUCACCGUCCACCGUGACGGUUCGGCGUACGAGUGGAGCCCUGCCAAGGCCACCGCGGUCCAGAUCUCCGGUCCCCGGCCCGAAGCCACUUGGACCGCGUUUGACGUGACGUACGCCGCUGCGGCAGAUCCGCUGCCUCCGGCGCUGGGUCCCUUUGCGCCGUCGUCGAGCCUUCCUACCAUCGCCUUUGCGUCGUCCGACCGGCGAUUCGAGAUCAAGAGGCAAGCCGCGGUCGGGCCGGAUCUCGAAACGAUCUUUGAGAUCUCGAGCGGCGAGCGCGCCUAUUUCCGCUCAGCAGUCAUCUGCCCACAAGCGCGGCGAUCGCCCACCGCAUUCUCGGUCGAGGACGACGAUGAAGGAUCGAUCUUGGUGACGGGCCAGACCGACGGCGUCGUCCGGGCGUGGGAGCUCAAGGGCGGCAGGCUGCUAAGCACCUUGGACCUCGGCGACGGCGCGAUCAGCUGCGUCCGCGCCGUGGUCGACGACGAUCAGAGCUCGUGCACCCUGGUCGUCAGCACGUCGAGCAGGGUCUCGCUGCUCGGUCUGGGCUCGGAUCCCUUUGGCCAGUUUGGGCUGGAGCCUUCGCUCUCGCUGCCCGGCAGCCUGAAUGGCUUCGCGGGCGGGUCUCCCGUCAAGAACCGCACACCCAACGGCAGCACCCACCUCAGCGCGCCCACGUUUUGGGGCGACAACUCGGCGCCGACCACGCCCACCUCGGAGAUGCCCAACCCCCUGGCCUAUCCGAUCUCAUCGCACGGCAACGCCGCCCGGCUGCGGCGCGCCAGCGGACACGGCCGGGACCGCAGCGGUGUCGGGAGCGAGUCGUCCAACGCGUCUGGCCUUGCGUCGACUCUGCCUUCGAGCAGCAGCUCUGCCGAGGCGAAUGGGCCAGAGGACCGACAGCUCCGCCUGAUUGGCUGCAUCCCCUGCCUUCGCGGCGGCUGCGAGCUGAUUGUGGAAUCGAGGUGCUUGAUCGGCGUGCGUCGCCGCAACCGGCCGGUGUCGCUGCCGGACAGCCUGCUGCGGCGGCGGAGGAUGGAGGCGAGCUCUACGGCCUUGGGCAGCAGCGGCGGCGAUGGAGCGUCGCCACGCUGGGAGCUGUGGACGCUGGAUCUGCGGUCGGACCUCGACAUUGGGCGCAACGGCGAGAUUGUGGCGCCCAGGCGGACGCUGCGCCUGGACGGCGAUGGUGUGGCUCCUCCGCAGGAUGGACGGCAUGCGGCAUCUCGACAGUCGAUCGACGCCGGUGCCACGACUUCUCGGGUCCGCUUCUCGCACGACGGGCCAGGACCGGAGGCGGCGCUGCGCGACCUCGCCUUUACACGGCUGAGCCCCGUGGUGGGUGCGUUCAGCGGGACGACGGCGACGAGCGCGCUCCUGUUUGGAUACGGCGGCUCGGUGGGCUGCAUUGCCGGCAGGCUGGGCACGCUUGCCCAUGCCGCCGCCGCCGCCACCUCGGAGCUCGACGCGGCGCGCUAUGCUGCGAGCGGCCAGCGGCGGAGCAAGUCGAGCGGCGGCAGCAUCGUCGGCGCCAACGGCGGCGCAGUCUCGGGCAACAGCCUCUUGCGACGCUAG